AUGGAGACAAUUUUUCGGUGGUCUGGAGAACCCCCUAAGUCUGAUAAAGAAGAGCUGUGUACUCUUGAACUCCACCACUUUGGUAUGUUGGAGAAUGGUGUGUAUAAUGGAGGCAAAGUAUGCUAUGUUGACACCUGUAUUCAUGACUAUCUGUCAUUAUUGGAUAUAAAGAAAAUUGGGAUAGAUCUUGAAUACAAAGUUGAUAUAACACAAAGGGGGGUGGUUGGGAGCAUUUCAUCAGAUCAGGUAUUGGUGUUGUAUUACCAUGAUCCUACUCAUAAUAACGAGCUAGAGAGUGAAGAUAAAGGGCAACAACAACACAGUGAAGAUGUUGGCAAUGAACAUGAAGAGGAAGAGGAGGAAGAGGAGGAAAAAGAGGAUGUUAUUGUUGACAGUGAUUAUGAAAUAAGUGAAGAAGAAGAAAAUGGUAAUAAAGAGGCUGCAUCAAGAGCACAACCAAGGAACGAUGCACCAAAUGAUGAAUAUGCACAAUGUUUUGAAGAGAUGAAUGAAAUGCCUCUUAAUGAAGCUACAGAGGAGAUAUCAGAUGAUGAUGAAGAUAGUGAUCGACUUCCUUCUGAUGUUGAUAGCUCUGGUGAUGAGGAAGAAGGUCAAAAAAAGACAAGCAACAGGAAAUGGAAGAAGACAAAUUUUAAACAGUUUAGGAAAGAAACUGAUUUGAGAAAUCCAGAGUUUAGAAUUGGAAUGCAAUUUGCCAAUAAGGAUAAACUCAAGGAAGCUAUUAGGGAGUAUGCAAUUGUGCAAGGGAGGAAUAUUAAAUUGGUGAAGAAUGAUAAUAAAAGGAUUCAAACCAAGUGUGCAGGUUACACGAAAUGCCCUUUUAUUCUCUGGGCUUCCAAGAAGAUGGACACAAAUAAGCAGACAUUUGCCAUAAAGACUCUGUCCUUAGAGCAUGAGUGUACUAGAGUGGACAAACUGAAAUAUACUAAUUCAAGGUGGCUGUCCAAAAGGUUUGCUGACAAGAUUAGGAAAAUUCUCGAGUGGGAUGUAGGGGCAUCCAAGGCUGAGGUUUUAGAAAAGUACCAUAUGAAUGUUUCAAAGCAUCAUAUUUAUAGAGCAAAGAACUUGUCCAAGGUAAUCAUUGAAGGCAGCUAUGUGAAGCAAUAUGCGAGGCUAUGGGACUAUGCAGAAGAAUUGAAGAAGGCUAACAAGGGCAGCACUGUGUUUAUAAAGAAUAAGAUGAAGGGUAAUAAACAUGUGUUUGAAAGAAUUUAUGUGUGUUUGGAAGCUUCUAAGCGAGGAUUUUUGGUAGGAUGUAGACCUCUGAUUGGUAUAGAUGACUACCAUUUAAAGGGACCUUACACAGGGCAAGUUUUAACAGCCAUUGGUGUUGAUGGGAAUAAUGGACUGUACCCAGUUGCUUAUGCUAUUGUAGAGGUGGAAUAA